CGCUCCCGAUUGUUCUGCCCCGGGGCUGGGGCGCCCGUUUCGUCCUCCGGGUGCAGAGCACCCCUGUGCUGCAGUGGCGUCUCCUCUCCAGCGGUCCUUGCUCUUGCUUCUUUGCAGGCCAUGUCCAGCGACCCUCCUCCGCCCUACCCGGGGGGGCCAUCUGCACCACUCAUAGAAGAAAAAGAUGGCCCCCCUUUCCCAGCAGGCAGCGUCUCGCCCAGCAUGGUGCAGCCCCCCGCCGACAUCGGGCCCCCACCCUACGAGCCUCCUUCGCAGCCUGGCUUCAUUCCUCCAGCCAUGCCUGCGGACGGAUCGGUGCCCUAUGUGGCUCCUGGGGGCUACUACAUGCCACCGGGACCACACGGCCCCAUGGGCUACUACCCUCCCCCAGGCCCGUACGCCCCCACAGGAGGUCAGGCGGCCACCGUCCUGGUGCCGUCCGGGGCGACCACCACGGUGACGGUGCUGCAGGGCGAGAUCUUCCAGGCCGCCCCCGUCCCCACCGUGUGUCCGCACUGCCAGCAGGCGAUCACCACCAAGAUCAGCCACGAGAUCGGCCUCAUGAACUUCCUGCUGGGCUUCUUCUGCUGCUUUGUGGGGUGCGACUUCGGCUGCUGCCUCAUCCCCUGCCUGAUCGACGAGUUCAAGGACGUGACGCACACCUGCCCCAACUGUAAGGGCUACAUCUACACAUACAAGCGCAUGUGCUAGCGGGGCCUGCGGGUCAGGGGGCUGCGGCCUCCCCACCUCGUGCGGCUGCUCCGACUCGCCCACCCACGCUCCCCUGCUUGCGCCGUCCCUUCUCCCUCCGCCGCAGAGGUGCCAGAGC